AUGGCACAAAAUGAAGAAGAACAUAUUUUCCGCAGCCUCUAUCCGCCGGUGGCAGUGUCAGACAUGACACUGCCGGAUUUCGUGCUUCAGGAUGCUGAAUUGUACGCCAACAAGGUGGCGUUCGUGGAUCUUGUCACCGGAAAGGAGUACACGUAUGGCCAAGUGGUCAGAGACAUAAGAAGGUUUGCCAAGGCCUUGAGGUCACUUGGCCUCAGGAAGGGUAAUGUGGUGGUGGUUGUGCUCCCAAAUGUCGCGGAGUAUGCCAUUGUUGCUCUGGGAAUCAUGGCUGCUGGUGGCGUGUUCUCGGGUGCCAAUCCUUCAGCCCAUUCAUUGGAAAUCAAGAAGCAAGUGGAGGCUGCUGAUGCCAUGCUAAUUGUCACCAAUGGUGCAACCUAUAAGAAGGUGAAAGAUUUGGAGUGUCCUGUCACAGUACUAGGUGAGGAACGUGUAGAGGGCACCAUUUGUUGGGACGAAUUGCUUGAGGCAGCAGACCGCGCCAGCAAUGAUAUCAUCAAGGAAGUUGUCCGCCAGACUGACCUAUGCGCGCUGCCAUUCUCAUCCGGCACUACUGGCGUGUCAAAGGGCGUAAUGCUAACUCAUCGCAACCUGGUGGCUAAUCUGUGCUCCACACUCUUCAGUGUAGGACCGGAACUGGUGGGACAGAUCACCAUACUAGGACUAAUGCCAUUCUUCCAUAUAUAUGGAAUGACUGGGAUAUGUUGUGCCACAAUGAAGAACAAGGGGAAAGUGGUAGUGAUGGGGAGGUAUGAACUCGAGGCCUUUCUGAAUGCAUUGAUCACUCAUGAGAUCACGUUUGCACCUAUCGUGCCACCAAUCAUUCAGGCUCUCGUUAAGAACCCUGUGGUGGAUGAAUUUGAUCUCACUAGGCUUAAGCUUAGGGCUGUCAUGUCAGCAGCAGCUCCCCUUGCACCUGAGAUCCUUAGCGCGUUUGAGAAGAAGUUCCCCGGUGUUGAGGUCCAAGAGGCAUAUGGCAUGACAGAGCACAGCUGCAUUACGCUUAGCCACGGGGAUCCAAAUAAGGGACAUCGAAUUUCAAAGAAAAACUCAGUUGGAUUCGUCCUGCCUAAUAUGGAAGUGAAGUUCGUUGAUCCAAACACCGGUCAAUCUCUCCCCAAGAACACUCAUGGCGAAAUCUGUGUUAGAAGCCAAUGUGUGAUGCAAGGUUACUUCAAGAAUGAGGUUGAGACUGCCCAGACCAUUGACAAAAAUGGAUGGCUUCAUACUGGUGAUAUCGGGUACAUUGAUGAUGAUGGAGAUGUCUUUAUCGUGGAUCGAAUUAAAGAACUAAUCAAGUACAAAGGUUUCCAGGUUGCGCCUGCUGAAUUAGAGGGCAUCCUUCUAACUCAUUCCUCUGUUGAAGAUGCUGCUGUUGUGGGAUUGCCUGAUGAAGAAGCUGGAGAGAUACCAGCAGGAUGUGUAGUGAUGAACUCAAAUGCGAAGGAAAGUGAAGAGGAGAUCAUGAACUACGUUGCCUCUAAUGUGGCAAACUACAAGAGAGUGAGGGUGCUUCAAUUUGUGGAUAAAAUCCCGACAUCGCCUUCAGGAAAAAUCAUGAGAAGGCUUCUGAAAGAAGAGUUGAUAAGAAGGAUGAAGAACAACCCCAAAUCUGUGGCAACAUUGAAAUCAAAUUAA